CACUUACCUUGGCUGGCUCCCGAAAGGGGCAGAGGCCUUUGGAGUUCCCUGCCGGUCGCCGUUGGGGUUGGAAGAAGAAGCUGACAGUGCGUCCACCGCCCGAUAUCGUGUGGGAUCUCAUUCGGGACGGGAACCCUGAGCAUGUGGUUUGGACCCCAUGGCUCUCUUUUAGGGGCACUCAUGCUUCGGUCAGGGAUAGUUAUGCCCUGAGCCAGAUGCGGGUCUUGUUCGUUGGCCGCCGGGACCCUGUCUGGUACCUAGGAGAGCGGGUACGUAUGCAGACGGUCGGGGCUUUUUCGGUGCCUAUGCCUCCGCCUGCGACCAUGCUGUCUACUCGCUCGAUAGGCGAGUCGUGGAGGGUCCACUCGAGGACUGGCGUGCCGGCGACGGAGUUGGUGAUAGAGGGAGCUAGCUAUUACCAGUUUAUCCAAGAUUCUCUUCGUCUCCCGGAGCCUGGCGCCGAGUGUCCUGACCCUUUGUUGGGGGGAUGGGUGCUUCCUGAUGCUCGGAUCUCGUAUACCGGAGAGAGUGGAUCCGAGAUUGUGGAGACUUUCCCGGAAGACCGGGUUUUCCAUGCUCCGCUCCCUGAGGGAGUACAGGCGGUUCCGGCCCGUACGGCCAACGCGAUGGUGGGGGUGAUCAACCGGUUGAAGUCCGCGUUGGUUCGAGCCCGAUCUGCACUUUCUUGCAGGAGCCCCCACUCUACUCGUACGGGUGCUGGAGGCGCUGGGGCCGACGACGCGGGUCCCUCGGGCGGGGGACACGGUCGUGAGAGAGAGAGGGCACGGCGAGGCUUGGACACAUGGAGCCGAUGACGAGUCUUAGGCUUACCUCCUGUUUUGUACAUAUUCAUUCUUGUAUUCCGCAUGUAUAUAUAUUUUUUGCGAUUUUUGGUGCAAGAAUGUUUUGAGCCUUCCGUGGGCUUUGUUUGAACAUAUUAUAGUAAUAUUAUCUUUCUAAACCAACGACGAAUUUUUGAAAAGGGAAAGACUUUCGUAAAAAUAAUGAGUUCAUACAAGA